UAAACCUUACAAGAAGAAGAAGAAGAAACGACGGCAACAACAACAUGGUGGUACGUUGUGUAUUUGGUUGCGCUCUUCCCCACGUUCUCUUUUCUAUCCCCAAACUACCGACUUUGCGUUCCCGCUGGCUCGAAUUCCUACAUUUUGAAGAAGGAGGAAUAAAUGAGUAUUCGCGUGUGUGCGCAAGGCAUUUUCCAAAAGAGUGCUUCACAAAUUUGAGGCAAUAUGAAAUGGGCAGCGCGAGCUGUCUGCAUUUGACAGACGCGGCUGUGCCAUCUCUGUACACGGUCGGAGUGUCAAUGAAUGUGAAGCCACUUACACGAGACGUGGCAUGCCAGUGUUCCGUCAAAUCUGUGAGGAGCACCGGAGCGCAAGCAGCCAUCUCACGUCCAAAGCCGAAACUACGGAGUAAAGCGAUUCAGGUCAAACUUUUUGACUGCUCCACGAAGGAUUUUGGCUCCAUCUUCAAUGCUCCAUUUCUAACAUCUGCACCAAUCAAAAGGCCCCGUUUGGAAGAUAGCGCGGAUGAGAUCGACAACACUUCAUUGAGUAUACUAAGGGAACCAACAACGUGUGAUUCCACACAUGAGCCCCAUGUGACUAUAAAGAGGACAGUCAAAAGAAAGGUUUGCCAACCGCUCUACAGUGCACCAUGAGCUUGGAUGACAACAUGGUUGUGGACAUACACAGGGGCGGACUGGCCAUCUGGCGUACCGGGAAUGUGUUCCCGGUGGGCCGCUAACAUAUGGGCCUGGAACGGACGCGUUGGCCGCUAACAUAUGGGGCCGUAACGGACACGUUGGCCGCUUAGAUGGACGUAUUAUAAAUGUGAAUGCACGCAACGCGAAUGCAAAAGGCACGUAUGCAAAGAGUCUGUAUAUAAUAAUUUUUGUGUGAAAAUUAUUUGUGCCUCAGAGCGUGCAGAUUAAAUGCAACAAAUCCAUGCAUGAUUUCUUAUGGGUUAAGAAAUUUAUCUGACACAAUUAAGAUCAUUUUUUGUUGUUUCCAUCCAGAGAUUUUUUUAUUUGUGAACAGAGCUUACGAAUGAUUUAUCUGCACACAUCAGUUUUUUAUUGUUUGUGUACUGUAAUCUUUUAUAAGAAAUAGUAACAUGCCAUGCAAAUUGUUCACAGGUGUACAUAUUACUAAAUUACUGCAAUCAUGUAGUGAACAUGGACAACCAUGAGAUAAACAAGGCUUUAAUACGGCUUAAAUUUAGUUUGCCACAAAUGCGGUGUAACCGUUAAUUUAGAAAAAAAAGAAAAUAUGGGAAAAGGGAAAAUCAGUGACACCAAAACAAAAGAAAUAAUCAAAACCAAACAACCCAAAUAUCUAAUAACCCCCAACUAAACUAACUACCAAAAAGAAAAUGUAGAAUUAAACCGAAAGCUUCGGCGUAUGAGACGACCAACUAAACUACACUAAAUAAUGACAAAAGUACAAAGGUGGCCGUCACCUCAAAUCUAUAAUUAACAGAAGAAUCGCUAAAUCAAUAGAAACAGAUAAAAAGCUUACCUAACCCCCUUUAUCAGAAAAGGAUUUGAUUGACAAAGACCACGUGCCUUGCACAUACAAUUAUGCUCAGCAUUAACGAAGAGAAGACCAAACCUUGAGGAACCGAUUUAAACGAGUAUCAUCUGGAAAACAGCUGUUUCUGUGUUUUGAUCGAGGAUGUGAACCCUUACGAAAAUUGGUAAAAGUUUAGUAACCAUGUUUUUGCUGUAUGAUUACUAUUGGCAAAACCAUUGUUUAACUAUAUUUUCAAAACCAUGAUUAUUUUGUGGUUUGGUUGGGCUUCUUUUGGCCUGAUGCUGAUGCAGUUGCUAUAGUAACUGAAGGUGUGUAGUUUUGUUGUGUGUAAAGCUCUAGUUCACAGUUCACGUGGGAGAUUGUCUUGAUGGAAUGAUCAAUGCUUUCCUGCUUAUUUGAGAUGUUCUGCUGUAUUUGAUGCAGCUUGGAUUCUCAGAUUUACACAUUAUAGUUACAGUGAUUUGUGCAAAUGUCAUUUGAAGAUAUUUGAAGUGUAUAGAGAUCUUAGUUCUGCUGGAUCUUUCUCAGUGUUCUUUCCAGUAGUUUAGGAGCUUAUUUUUUACUCACUAGUUUAGUUUAGUGAGUUACUGAGACAUUCCUGUAAUUUUCAUAGAUCUCAAUAAAAAAGUCCAACUAGGGACCAACUAUUCCUUUAAAAAAACAAGCCAUCGGUGUUUUUAAGAAUAUUAAAUUAUGUAUCAGUAAUCUCCUGCGUAUUGCAGUGAUCUCGUGUUAAUACUAUUACAGUGUGGAGGAGAUCUACAGUAUUCGUCUUAAAAACGAACAUACUAUUUUUUAAACCUUAAGCAAUGCAGCACCAAAGCCUUCAUCUUGAUCGAACACAAAUGAUUCCUUGAUAGUUACACAUUGGAACUCAGUGCUUGUUUAAACUGUCAAUUUCACAAUUCCAUUACUUUCCACUAUUCCUGUCUGACAAGAAAGGUUUGCACGGAACGGUUCAGCCCUCAUUUUCAUAUUGUGUUGCUCUUACAUGUUUAUUAACAAUCAACUAAUUCCUCUAUUCAUUUUUAGUUUCUUCUUUAAAAAAAAACAAUUUGCACGCACUGUCAACUAAGGAGGGCACAAUUGGCAGCCAUGCUGAUUAUAUGACUUCAAUGUUUUCCUGCUGACGAAUGAGGCAAUGAAAGUAAAAUGCUGCCCUCUAGUGUACACUGUAAAGGUGGAAACUGGCCAUAAAUGUAACUACACUGGAAAUAAGUUAUCAUUUUUUACCUUCAGUUUGUUGUCACGGUCCUGUCUGUCUCCUAUCGAUCCCCUGCCUGUUUCUCCCCGUGUUUCCCCCGGACUACACUUCCCAUGAUGCUCCACGCUCCCUCACCUGUCGCGUAUUGACAAUCAUCCUCGGACUCUUCUAUACCGUGUUUGCACACUGUCAGGUCUUACGUUAGUAUUGAGUGUUUUUAAAGUGUAGCCUGUCUUUUGUUUAAUAAAUAA